GAGGUACUUCAGACAGUGCAAGAGAACGGGCUAGAGACCGAGAGAGAAAGGUACAGGAGAAAGAAAGGGAGGACAGAAAAAGACGAAUGAUCAUGAGGUGCAGCAAAAAUGCAGAGAUGUAGUAAAUGCUGAAGCAUUUUGAGCAUGCUUUAGAGAGGAAGCGGGGAAAAAAAAGAAAAAAGAAAAAGGGGAGUUAGAAAGAGGUAGAAAAAAAGUGAAGAGAAGAAAGAAAGGGAGUACAGCCAACUGGCAUAGUUUGAGUUAUUCGGCUCAGCUCUAAAAGUCUCAGGCGGCCCAGACUCCAAACCACACGGACUAAGUCUUCUCUGUAGACUCUACAACUGCAAUAUGGUGGGUCUGUAAAAGGAAGAGAGUUGGAUUCAGGGAGAUAGAGAGUGCAGCACAGUUAAGAGCCACUGUUUUGUCUUGUUGUGGAUUCUGGUCUCUGUUCAUCCUCCUUGGUGCUUUAUUGCACGGGCUAAAUUUUAUUAGUGUUAUUGUUAAGAGUCAGACCUACAGCACAAUGGGCCUGCAAAAUGGAGUAUGAUAUUGAUUUCUACAAACAUUUUGCCUGGCUCAGAAAGGUAAACCUCCAUUCAAACGGCAACAGUGAGUCCUACCAGGAGCGGUUAUCACGUCUGGAGGGAGACAAAGAGUCACUAAUUCUGCAGGUGAGUGUACUGACAGACCAGGUGGAAGCUCAGGGCGUGAAGAUCAGCGAUCUAGAGACUUCUCUGGUGGACCAUCAGCACAAACUCAACUCCACGGAGGAGAUGCUACAGCAGGAGCUCCUGCAUAGGACGUCACUGGAGAACCAGAAGCUGAGUCUUAUGGGGGAGGUGUCCUACCUGAAACUAAAGCUGGCAGACAUGGAGGGAAAACAGGGCCAUGGAGCUGAAAGGCAACACAAAGCAGAGACUGUAGUGAAUUUCAUUAGUGAGCUGCAAGAGCAGAUGUGUAGGUUUCAGAAGGAGAUCAAUAGCAAGAUCCAGGAGAAAAAGGCCAUGGAGAUCCCGGCUGACAGCAGCUUUUUCGCGGAGUGCUGCAACGACCCCACAGAGGACAAGGGCUCAAACCCCGGGCCGUCCUGUGACAGAACCUCCGGGGUGAUACAAAUACUAGAAGAGGCUCCAGACGCGUCUGAUGGCAACACACAAAGCCUGGAAGAGGGUAGCUCAGAUGCAGAGCAGCAGUACCACUGUAGAGGAGAAAGUGGCUUAAUUAAGGAGCUCAGGAUUCUUAAGGACAAAGUGGAGCACCUGGAGGAUGAGAAGUUACAGUAUGAGAAGAAACUCAAAGCAACAAAGGCAGAGAUCAGCAGCCUUCAGCAGCUUUUGCUCAGUAAGAACGCUGAGAUCGAGAGCUUGCACACUCAGCUGCUGGCCAGACCCUCUCUAUCCACCGAGAGCUCAGAGAGAGGUAAGCACAGCACCCAGCUUCAAGGCCUCGACCCACCUGCCAACAACAGCCUCUCACUGUCUGAGCUACCCAGCCUCAUAGAUCAGGAACUGCAGAGGCUUAAGAGUGGAAUGAAAUCACUGGUUGCUGCCAACGAUGAAAAGGACCGGCGUAUUGAAGAGCUCACUCUACUCCUGAAUCAGUGCAGGCAAUUCAGAGAGGUCACCAGCACCACAAGGCAAGCACCACCUGCUGUUCAUUCAUUGCCAAAUGGAAGGACUCCUUCAAGCAGCAGUGAGGAAGAAGAGCAGGGGCAAAUGAAGAAUACUGACUCUGCCAGUGCAAAAUCUGAGGAUGUAAAGUCUGAAGUUUCCACAAACAGCUCUUCCUCCCAACAAACAUCACUUAUAUCAGUCCAGAAGGACAGUGAUUCCAGAACAGAACCACAGAUUCUAUCAAGUAGCAUGAAUGACCUAACAAAUGGACCUUCACAAAAGAGUGCUCUGGGUGACACCAGAAGUCAGACGCUGCCUGUGAAUUCCUCUCUGUCAGAGCAAAACGGGAUUGGAGGCAGCAGCAGUGAAAUCCAGAGCCAAAGGUCUCCAGAUGGGAGCGAAGAUGGAGACUCCAGCCAAAGAAAGUUGGAGAAAAUUGAUGACAGCACUUCAAGUGAUAAUUCCCCUGUUCAUUCUGGGGCAAAUACACAGCCUGGCCAACGAGCUGUGGGCUCACCAGAAUACAUGAAGAAUAACAGGAGCUUCAAGAGACUCUGGGGAAAACUUCGAAGAACCCAGUCUGGGGGGCUUAUAGCAGCAGAUCCAGAUGGCGGUCAGUUUAGAAGAGGGGGACUGCGGGCUACAGCAGGACCCAGACUAACCAGGACCCCUGAAUCGUAUGACCCUGCACGUGAUAUGAAUAUUCCAUUCAGCCAGUGGACCAAGGAGCAGGUGUGUGGCUGGCUAGAGGACUAUGGACUGGGCCAGUACGUCAGUCUCUCUAGACAGUGGGUUGAAAAUGGACAGACACUGCUGUCUGCUACACCUCAGGACUUUGAGAAGGAGAUGGGUAUGAAGAAUCCACUGCACAGGAAGAAGCUGCAGCUUGCUCUGAGGGCAUUCACCACUAAAGUUGUAGAGAAAUCGUCAGAGCUGGACCACAUUUGGGUCACCCGCUGGUUGGAUGAUAUUGGUUUGCCUCAGUAUAAAGACCAGUUCCAUGAGGCCCGAGUAGAUGGUCGAAUGAUACAAUACCUCACAGUGAAUGACCUCUUGACUCUAAAGGUCACCAGCCAGCUUCAUCAUCUCAGUAUUAAAUGUGCCAUUCAUGUUCUUCAUGUCAACAAGUUCAACCCCCACUGUCUUCGACGUAGGCCAGGGGAGGAGAAACAACCCUCUCCCUCAGAGGUGGUGCAGUGGUCUAACCAUCGUGUGAUGGAGUGGCUAAGAGCAGUCGAUCUAGCUGAGUAUGCGCCUAAUCUACGGGGCAGCGGUGUUCAUGGUGGGCUGAUUAUCCUGGAGCCACGGUUCAGCUCAGAGACUUUGGCCCUGCUGUUAAAUAUUCCUCCCCAGAAGACUUUGCUCCGGCGCCACCUCGCCACGGCCUUCUCUGCCCUGGUGGGGCCUCAGGCCACACAGGAGAAGCGCGAGUAUGGCAAUGCCACAGGUCACGUUCCCCUCACUACCACUGCUAAAGUCAAGCCAAAGAAGUUGGGCUUCACCCAAUUCAGUCACCUGAGAAAGAGAAAACCUGAUGACUCUGCGGACUAUAUCUGCCCAAUAGACAGUGGAGCACUGACAGUGAAUGGGGUUUCCCGGUUGCCCUCUGCAGCACUCAGGGGCCUCAGCCCCAGCUUGGUCAGACAGGCGGAGAGGCCGGAGCAGCUUGGGAUGAAACCUGAGACUAAUGGCCCUAAACAAUAAUUUAAAAAGUACCACAGACACACCACUCACUCUCACUCCCCAAGUGACUUUUGUGAAUCAGUGGAAAUUCUAAUGCAGAAAUGCAACCAAGAUGCAUCGAUGUGGUGAUUUGCUGGAUGGGCUGCAAAGAUGCUGUGUUUAGCAGGUGAUGUUAUUGUUGUUAAUGUAUUUUUCACCAGAUGUCGCUUACAACAAUGUUCACCUAAAAUGGUGAUGAAUGAUGGCAUUGUGUGGAAUGUUUUAUGAAAGCUGCUCCCUGCAUUCCUUAUACAGUCGGAUUCCAAAGCUUAUACUUUUGCUAAUUUUACUGACCAUUUUGUAUUUAAACUUCUAUCGAUUUAGUUUAGGAUAUUGGUGCCAUUUUCUUGUUAUAUAUGAGGAUUCGCUCAACAUCAUAAUAAUUGACACCACUUACUGUAAGCAAUGAUGUUUCUCAUUCAUUUUCUUUAUGAGUGACAAAAAAUUUGAAAAUUAAAUCAUUUCGAUUCUU